GAAAACCGCCAGUCCACCAGUAGAGGAAGAGACCAGAGACACGUGAUGACUUUGCUGUGAUAUUGAUGGACUGAAGCUGGAGCCGAGAUGAACACAUUACGGACAGCUUUUUCUCGCUUAAAUGGGGCACACAGUUUGUGUUGCAGGAAUGGUGCUCCCUCAUCCAUAUUCAGCUGCAGUCAGCUACGCUCUCUCAGUUCUGUCCUGUCGAGGUCAAGACCUGAGCAGAACAGCAUCCUGCAAGGGACGCUGAACCCCAAAGUUGAGGGAGCCUUUCAGCAGCCGCUCUGGAACCAUCAGCAGGUCCGCACAGUCAAACGUGGGACAGAAUAUCAGCCAAGCAACAUCAAACGUAAGAGGACCCAUGGCUGGAUCAAAAGAAUUAGCACUCCAGGUGGGAUCGAAGUAAUCCUGCGCCGAAUGCUCAAAGGACGAAAAUCUCUCACUCAUUGAGACUCUAACUGGACAUGUGCUUUGAAGUCAUUCUCAGUUGAAUGUCAGCUAUGUAGUGGAGCUUUUGGAUUUCUGUUUAAAAUAGUCAUCGAUCUAAGAAAUGAAUGCCACCAAAAGGCUUUUUUUAAAGUUCAGUUUAGUGGAUCUAAUCUCAGUUAAUAACAUGUGAAGGGGUUUGAUGUCGUAUCAGAGCAGUUUCUGCUUGUUUCCCGAAUGAUCUCAGCACACAUAAUCAGAAAUAAAAUUAAUAAAUAAAAAACAUCUGCCGUGAAGUAUGGUAUCAAUUUAUUUUAGCAGUGUAGUUUAUUUUAAGAGCAAACGGAUGUGCAUUACUUGGCAAAAUGAUAACAGUACAAAAGUAAUAAAAAAACAGGGCCGUGAUGUAACAUUGUGUAUAAUAUGGAAGCUUGUUUCCAGCACAGAUGUCAAAAGAGGUACAUAUACAGCAGGGAAAAAAGUAUUAAACACAUCAUCAUUUAUCCCG